AUGGACAAGUACCUCACAGUACUUGUCAUGACGGGUGUAAACGGUAAACAUAAUUCUGGUGGAGAUUUUGGCAACAUUCAAAGGAAUGGCAGCGUUCUUGGUAGAGUCGAUGAAGAAGUUUUAGGCAGUCGAAAUAUCAUCCUUUGUUUUGACGGUACAGAUGGGACCUUCGGCCCUAAACCAUUUUCGAAUGUGCUAAAACUGUAUCGAAUGUUGGACAGUAGUGACGAAAACAGGCAACUUUGUUAUUACCAACCAGGCAUUGGAACAGCAAUAACUUUCGAUUCUAGUCUCAACUAUAAUAGGAAAGUCACCUUCAACAAUGUAAGGAAUUUUGUGGACUCCUUGUUUGCCUUCACGAUAACAAUUCAUGUAUGCUCUGCGUACAUGUUUUUGAUGAAAUAUUACAAGAAAGGCGAUCAUAUCUACAUGUUCGGAAUGAGUAGAGGAGCAUUUGUCGCGAGAAUUUUGGCAGGAAUGAUCGAGAGAGUCGGCCUCCUGAACAAAGGACUGGAGGAUAUCAUUUCAACCGCUUGGAAAAUCUACGAAAAAUGGGAGUAUGCAGCACAGCCUUUUCAACCCGACUACACCACAACGCUGGCAGAAGAAUUUAAGAAAACAUUUUCCCGCAAUUAUGACAUUGUUAUUACUUUCCAAGGUUGCUUUGACUCAGUGAACUCUGCGGGCUUUCUUCGUGACAGGCACUUCCCUUUUACCGCUAGGAGCGUUAUUGUACAACACGUCAGACAUGCUUUGAGCCUCGACGAACAUAGAGGCAAAUUUCAGCAACAAAACUUCCUGCAACUCACAAGAGAUGGGUAUCUUUCACCGUUUUGGCGCAGCUUGGGCAGCAAAAUCUCAGGCUCGACUUCGAGUAGCUUACACACGUUUUCGAAGAAUACAUCAGAGUCAGGCGAUCGGGCCAGAAAAUUGAAUCAGGCAACAAAUUCUCACGGCUCUCACGACUCGCUUCUCAAGUCUAAAGCUUCGGAAGCAAACAAUGAAACCGAUAGCAGGCCACAAGAAUCAGUUGCCACUGACUCCACGUCUUAUCGUUCGACUUUUUGCAAAAGCUCUUUAAGCCACGAGUCCCUGUCACCAGAUAUCAUUGAAAAAUGGUUUCCUGGGGACCAUGCUGACGUUGGCGGUGGGUGGAUUCCUGACUUUGAUACAAAACAAUAUCUAUCAAACAUAACAAUGAGGUGGAUGCUCGCUGAAGCAGUCAAAUACGGCGUUCUUUUUGAGAAGAAUGUUAUAAAUGAAUUCUCAGAAAAGUAUCCAGCAUUUGGUAGCUUCACAGCCUUGUCUCAUGAUAUGUUGAAUUUUAAGAGCAGAGGAACUGCUGAAACCACGCCUGAUACAUUGGCAGAUCGGAAGAGGUCUAUUCUUUUACGCAUUGUAAAGAGAAUUGUAAGGAUUGGUAAAUUUAAAGUCGCAUGGGCGUGCGGGAAAGGCCAAAGGUAUGGACGUAGAUGCAACGAGCUUCUCUUUCGGUCAUGCGAUUUCAAAUGCUCGAAUUCGUCGCCAACAGGGAGUGGAUCGCAGCGUGACAUGUCAAUGCCCAGCAAAGCAGGACGUGGCAAUCAGCCAGUUUGGCAGAUUGUUGCUUGGUGGUUUGUCGAAUUAGUGCCAGUUAGGCGAAAGGUACAGGACAAAGAUUGUAGAUGGCGAAGCGCUUUUGUUCCUAACCUAGGUCGUCAAAGGGAACUCCGUGAAGACAGCGAUCUUCACUGGUCAGUAUUUUGGAGAGUCUUAUACUACCAGGACUACAGACCAUCUAACUUGCCUCAGUAUGCCGUUGAUCUUCUUAACGAAGUUGAAGAACCAUUGGAUUCGCAGCAACAAAACCAAGACGGCAUGCCUUUGAAGAGAUUCAAUGGCUCUCGAAAACGUUCCAGAAAAAACUGCUCACAGCGCAACAAUGAAAACUACGAACGCGUUGUUGCCGAGGCCCGCGAUGUACUCCAACAAUGGCGCACUAGUUUUCCUCACGCAGUUCCAGAUGAUUUAAGCGAUCUCUUAAUGAGGCACCCUGAUCUGUAG